AUGGCUGCUGACAAUGCACCGCCUGCACGCAGCUUUGUCGCCGCUCUCAUGGGUGGAGCUGUAGCUGGGACGUCGGUGGACAUUGCACUGUUCCCGCUCGACACGAUCAAGACGCGACUGCAGUCCGCCCACGGGUUUUUCAAGGCUGGAGGCUUCCGUGGUAUCUACUCUGGACUUUCAGCUGCUGCUGCUGGAUCAGCUCCAGGGGGUGCGCUGUUCUUUGGCACAUACGAGAACUCCAAGUCGCUGCUUGGGGUGAUUGCUCCAGCGCAGAAGCAUUCGCCCCUCGUGCAUAUGGCAGCUGCUGCUUCGGGUGAAAUGGCAGCAUGUUUGGUGCGCACUCCUACUGAAAUUGUGAAGCAGCGCAUGCAAACGGGUGUCUACAAGUCACUACUGGAAGCACUGCAUGCGAUUCGCGUGACUGAAGGUCUGGCCGGAUUUUACCGAGGCUACUGGAGUAUGAUCGCUCGAGAGAUUCCGUUUUCGUUCAUCCAGUUCCCGCUUUGGGAAGGGCUAAAGUAUCAAUGGUCAAUGAAACAGAAUGCUCCCGUAUCCUCUCUACAGGGUGCGCUUUUCGGGUCGAUUGCUGGUGGUAUAGCAGCGUCCAUCACGACCCCGCUUGACGUAGUCAAGACGCGGUUGAUGCUUGGCAAGGACGCGAAAGGCGUCCCGUACGAGGGCGCUGUGAGCACACUAUCGCGCGUUUACACUGACGAAGGUCUCAAGCGUCUGUUCUCAGGCGUGGGUCCCCGCACGAUGUGGAUUAGUGUCGGUGGCUUUGUCUUCUUUGGCAUGUAUGAAACGGCCGUCUCGACGUUUGCAGCGAUCGCAUAG